AAUUUCUAGGUACUCGAGUACACAAUGAAAAUAUUCUUACACAUAUGGCUACUAAAUUGGUGGUACAAAUUUUGACGACCUAGCCAAUACUAGCAUGCAAGUAUAACAUUAAUAGCUAACAGACGUAAUACUACCAAUUUUGCGUGCUUUAAGACAUGUAUUCAUCUAUCACAAACUCAAGAGCGUUGAUCGGAUUAAACUCCAAAAAUCAAACGUAGAGCAGACAACUUAUCUCUAAAUCAUAAUCCAGUUAAAAAAGUCGCUAAUACCAAAGGAUUAACUAUAAAAAUACUUGAAAUGACAGUGGAGCGGCGAGGAACACGACAGGUCACGCAAUCGAUAACGAUAACAAUGAUAAGGCACUACCAGAGUACAGACAAAGGAAAGUUAAGGAAAAUCACUGAUAACAUCCCCUCAAGAGCGGGAUUGUGAUAAACAUGCCAAGGAUUAUAAGGUUAUUCAGCAUUGUGAAGUAAAAUGCACAACAGAUAAGAUAUGAAUUAAUAACAUCUAGGUUUUUACCCUAUUCUAUAUUUAAUUAUAUUUACGGUAAGUACGUCCCUCGUUGCACUCGUUGCGUCGCGCAAACCUGACCUGAGAAGCUCUCUAUAAGAAUUUUGAAGGCGAGUGGAAAUAAUGUAAUCCAAGAACAAUGAAACGAUAACUGCAACAAGAAAAAGAUUGAGCCACACCUGUAGUACAAAGUACUAGUUUCACAAAAAGUGUACGACUGUAAUCAGCUUCAUGGAAAAAAUUAAAUAGCAAUGGAUUUUGUGUUGAUAUUCUACGCACAAAUAAUCUUACUUCUCUUAGAAACAACGUCAUCGCAAUACGAGUACCAGAGCGUACAAACCGCAUACUACCAAAAUCCGUAUCAAAACAUUUAUCAAAACAAUUAUCCGAUGGACGGAUUUGAAACAAAUAAUGAUUACGAAGAACCAGAGAAUUACAGACGCUCUAGAAAACACAAGCGCAAACGUUACGGCAGCAGCGGCGGCAGAUUACCUUUACUAGAAGACAGUAACGAGGAAUCUGAGGAGUGCACGUGCUCCUGCAACAGUUGCGCGAACAUCAAGCCUUGUUGCAAAGACGCUUGCAACUGCAACACUCAGAGCCAACCAAACGUUGUCAUCAUGCCGUAUCUUUACCCGCUGGUUGUAACUCAAAAGGUUGUAACUCAAACUACAAGCACAACUACGACGACUACGACCACCCCGAAGCCAAUUCGAGUACAAGAGACGAAUAUUCACUUAGACAAUAGACGAAUAAGCCGUAGACGGACCAAGCCUGUCUGGUUGCCAAAAUAUGGCAUAGUCCCGCUACCAGAUCAUCUGGCUGAGAGAUUGAUGUCAAAGCUGCGCGAAGUAAAAGGGCUAAAAGCGGAGCGAAGAAAGAGAUAAAUGCUUUUCUAUCAUGUAUUCUUACUUUAAUAAUAUUAUAAAUGCAAAAGUAUGUGAAAGAUUUUGGAUGUUUGUUAAAAGUAAACAGAGAAGUAACUAAAUACAUUUCAGUGGAAUUUGGCACAUGAAUGGAUCACCUGGAUUACCAUAUAGACUACUUUUCUCUCAAUAAUUUACUUCCACGGAAAUUGAAUUUUAUAAUCUGAUUUCUUGAAUAGACGGCGCUAUCGUCCUGCAGAUCGCUCCAUGGAUAGCUGUGUUUUAGGGACUUUUGAAGCAGAAAAGGCUUUUUACGCCGUCGAAGCCACGAACAAGACCUAGAAAGUUAUAUUUUUAUAACAGUUAAAAAAUACCAUAUAUCGUGUAAUUCUCCAUAUUGUAUUCAACGUUCCAUAAUAUUCGAUUUUAACAGAAAGGUUUAGGAUUCGAGCUCUUGUAAUUAAAUUAAAAAUAUCAUAGGCGUGUUUCUGACUAAUAUUAUUAUUGUGGUGAGAAAUUCAAUAGUGCUAUCUAUUUUCUUAAUGUAGAGAGCAAUGGACUAUCUCUAUAAACAUGUCUUCUUCAUUGCCUUUGACAUAAUUCUUAUAUACAUGUUUGUUACAUUUAAAGCACCUGCUUUUUUGAACGAGAACUAUUCACAAUAAUAAUACGGCAUGAAUACAAUUUCUUCUGAAAUGCUGAGGUUAUUCCGAGAUGUGAUUCAUCUUUUAACCCAUUUACUGAUAAUCCAGGUCUGAUCGUAGUGCUCAUCGG